AUGCAGCUCAGCACUCGCCUUCUUUCUCUUCUCUCCUUCGUGCUUCUCGUCCAGCAGUCGUUCGCUGCUCCAGUUCCUUGCAGAGAUGCUUCUGGCUGCGCUGUAGCCCGCUCAGGCAUCCGAGCGGGCGAUCUGGAGCGACUGAAUGCAGAGCAUGCAGUAACCAACGUACUCCGAGCUGAAGGUGAUACCGUACCGGAACACCAGGAGAGAGAUUCAGACUCGGGCAUCCUAUCACAGGCUCUUUCCAACUCGAUUGUUGUAUCUAAGAUUGCCCAAAUCGACCGCGCCGGUAGCCAAUUUGAGAACUAUGGAUACAGUAGCGUUCAUGCUACAACGAACUAUGUCAGUGGCGUUGGCAGUAACACGGGAUCCGCUGUUAAGGAUAUCUCGAAGGAUGUCCGCCGAGAUGACGUUCAGGAUAUGGACACUGCGGAUCGCUUCGACAACCUCGAUGAUAUUGAGGACUGGGAAGAUUACGCUGCGAAGAAAGGCCUUUUCCAUCCCGAGGCGUUCAAGGAGGAUACCCUACAUAAGCGUGAAGAAGGAAGCGACGCCGAGCUAUCGCAAGCCCCGUCCAAUUCACUGACCAUGGCUGCCGCGGCGAAGAAAAUUUACAGCACUACUAAUCGUAUUGGCAGCCAGGCUGUGAGCUACGUCCUCCAUGACAAGGAUUCUACGACGAACUAUGUCGGUACCCUUGGCAGUUACACGGGAUCUUUCGUGAAGGGUACUCUGCAGAGUUCAAAAUAUGUCCGUCGCAAUGGUGACCACAACAAUGAAAUUAUGAGCAAUGUCGACAGUGUCCUAAGAAGAGUAAUAAAGGUUAGGGAACACAAGGCUCGCGGCCUCAAAGUCAGGAAUGGCAACGGCGAGCAAGACGACCUUCUCAGUCUCGUUGGUGACCCUUUAGAUAUUUCUGAUGCCGGAUCGACGGGUGGGGGUGGACUAAUUCUCAAACGCUCCGACAAAGGUGCUAUCGACAGCGAUAUUUUAUCUACAGGGAAGUCGAGGGGCGCGAGGGUAGACCUUGACUGA